AUGACAGGAAAGAUAAUAUAUACAAAUAACGAAGUCGUCUUCGGCCGCGAUCCACUCCGAUGCCAUUAUGUUUUGGAUGAUCCACAUAUCUCCAAGCGACAUGUCAGAAUUUACACCGUAGUGUACGAGAAUGAGGAACCGAAUGAUGUCGACACCUUGGUAUAUGCCGAAGAUUUAUCCCACAACGGCACCUUUUGGAAUGGUUCUCUCAUAGGCAAAGGCAAUGGAGGGUUCCUAUUAUCCAACGGUGACGUGCUAAGGUUGAGCCAAAGGACCUUCUUGUGCUUCACCAGCUUGUCCGAUACUUCUACUAGUAGUCCCUUCAAUCUUACUCAAGAGAACGAGAUGGCGCAAUUUCGUCACGACUAUGUUGUCACAGAUAGACUGCUCGGCGCUGGAGCUUUUGGAAAAGUCUUUAUGGCUAUCGAACAACAUACUCGAAAACAAAUCGCCUGCAAACUCAUCGAUCUUCGCAGACUCGCACCUCGUUCAACCUCUUUCUUCGGACGCCCUGAACAACCAGAGCCGGCCGACAAGGUCGACACUAGGGUUCAACAGAAAAAGAUCAAGAAGUGGAUAAAUCAAAAGAAGCGCGAAAUAGGGGUUGAAAAGAAAUUGAAGCAGUAUUUCAGAGAGGUGGAGAUACUUGCCUCCAUCAGUCAUCCGAACAUAAUCAACAUUGAGAAAGUCUACAUCACAGACAACACCAUGUACAUGAUGCACGGCCUGGUCACUGCAGGAGACUUAUUUUCCUACAUCGAAGCAAAGAAUGGCAAACUUCUUGAAGCUGAAGCCGCAGCAAUCACUCGACAGCUGUUGAUUGCGGUCCAAUUCCUACACCAACAGCACGUUGUCCACAGAGACAUAAAGCCCGAUAACAUAUUGAUGUCGAGUUUGUCGCCUGGCUGUCGAGUCGUUCUGACAGACUUUGGCGCUGCUCGAAGACUUCAAGGUGGAUUUCAUCGAAUGUCUACAAUGAUAGGAACCCAUGAAUAUGCUGCUCCUGAAAUGCUUGAAAUACCCAACAACCAGAACAAACAAGUCAACGUGGGCUAUACACGAGCUGUUGACAUGUGGGCGAUCGGUUGCGUGUCGGUAGUGCUCCUUACAGGUGGACUAGCUUUCUUCGAUCCGAACACUGGUUCAUACUCUGAACGUCUUGCCAAAGCGUGUGACCUGGAAUAUUUGCGAAAAUCGACAGAGUGGCAGUGUGUCAGGAGCAGGCCGAAGUCCUUCGUGGAAAGUCUGUUGGUCCGCGACGAAGCUCAAAGGAUGACUGCUGAACAGGCUCUGAGCCAUGAAUGGUUCUCCAAUGAAAUCCACGACACCGACUUUCACGACCUUUAUCAACGAUGUAUCAAACACUGGCGGCCAACGGUCCCCAAGGCUCCUCUGGUGAAAUUCUUGGACAAUAGAGUUGUCAAAAACCUAAGAUGCUCUAGGGAAUAUCUGUGUCAAAUCAACAAGAAGCACCCUUCUCGAUCUCGUACCAAUAUGCCAGUCGAUGCUCCACUCAAACCGUUCCCAAUGGCCAUGCAUCGGGCGUUACAGCCGCAACGAGGUUUCAAGCCUGCAGUCUCUGAAGAAGUUUCCUUGGCGAUCAAGAACACGUGGAAGGCCAAGCUGACACCCUCGGUGGUUCCAGGGACAAAACAUAGAAAGGUAGGAAACGAAGGUGCCAGGAACAGUCACCCUCCCAUUGACAGGAAAGCCGUUUGCGCCGGUGAAGGCGAGGAUCACUCACUCGAGACCACUAUUGGUAAUUUGGGUCAACCGCAGGAAGGUUCGACAAGAAAUGGCAAAUCGAAGAGAAGCUCUUCUGAGAUGGAGGGUGUUUCUCGACCUACUCCGAGAAAGAGGAGCAAGACUUCCCAUUUUGACCUUGCCGAGGACGGUGAUAAUGGAGGUGCUACGCCCGUUUCUUCGCUCGUCAAGGGAAUUAGGAAAAGUUCUACAACAUGUCGAAAUGUCGAGGCCACGACAUCAAUUCAUCUCCCGCGAUGA